UUCAAAAUAAAUCUGAAAAUCAAACGAUUCUAAUCAAUUUUUUUAAAUUAUUGCAUAGUUGCAACCAUGAUCGUUUCAUCAGUAAUUAGGUGUAGUUGGAAAGGCUAGAAUUAUUAAGCUGCUCCGUUUUAUCAUGUACUGUUAAUUUUACUAUAUUAUUUUGCUCUUUGCGCUUUUCACAACAUCCGCGAUGAAGGAAGUGCUAAUGGUAGCAGAAAAGCCAAAUUUGGCUACGGCUUUGUCGAAUAUUCUAUCCAGAGGCAACCUCCAACGAAUGCAUAUUGAUAAAAGAUUGAGCAGAGGACUCCCACUUUUUGAAUGGGAUGGACCAUGGCCGCACACCCACGAAAUGGUUCGCUACAAAAUGACUAGUACAUACGGACAUGUGAAAGAAAUUGCUUUCGAGCCGGAAUUCGAUGACUGGCGCAAAGAUCCGGAUGGAUUGUUUUCGUGUGGCACGUUCAAAAGAGAAUGCAAUCCGGAAUCGCGCGUGGCCCAACAGCUGAAAACAGCGGGACGGGGCAUUGACUAUCUAGUAUUAUGGCUGGACUGUGAUAAGGAAGGCGAAAACAUUUGCUUCGAGGUGAUGGACAUUGUCAGUCCGGUAAUGAAGUCUUUCCCGCACGAACAGAGAAUUUUUCGUGCACGCUUCAGUGCCUUGACCGAAUCCGAUGUGAUGGAUGCGUUUUCAAAUUUACGCUCGCCAAAUCGCAACGAAUCUCUCUCCGUGGACGCGCGGAUGGAGCUUGAUUUGCGGAUAGGAUGUGCAUUUACACGAUUCCAGACGAGAUAUUUUAUCCGAAAAUAUGGAAAAGAGACGCUCAAAACAACGACCAUUCCUUUCGGUCCGUGUCAGACACCAACCUUGGCCUUCUGCGUGAACAGGCAUAACGAAAUUGUUGAAUUUCGAGGGGAAUGUUAUUACAAGAUCGAAGCAAAUGUAGAUGUCCCAGGCAGUGGAACGUUACCAUUGAAGUGGAAGAAAGGCCGGACUUUUGACCGGUGCGAAGCGGAUGAUAUAGUGCGCAAAUUGCAGUCUCGCCGUAUUCUGCAGGUUAUGGACGUCACGGCUGAGGAGAAGCGAAAACUACGCCCUGUGGCGCUAAAUACGGUGCAGUUACUGCGGAUGGCGAGCUCGUAUUUAAAAAUUUCUCCAAGUGAAGUCAUGGAGACCGCCGAGCGUUUAUAUAUGGAUGGGUUUAUUAGCUACCCUCGCACCGAAACCACCCAGUACCCGGCUAGUUUUGACCGUUUGUCGUCUCUUUCGAAUUUGAAGGGAAAUAAUGAGUUCAGCUCCACAAUUGACCAGCUGAUGUACGAUAUGCCGGACACUCGUCGCACCGGAAAAGAUGUCGGCGAUCAUCCACCUAUCAUUCCGUUGAAAAGCGCCAACGGUCGACUGAUGCAGAAUGAAAGAAGCUAUAAUCUGUAUCAAAUGAUAUGCAAACACUUCUUAGCUAGUCUAUCGUCGGAUUGUCUUUACUUGGAAAAAACUGCAGUAUUUGAUGUGGACGGGGAAAAGUUUGUUCUGGAUGGAAUCGAGGUGUUGCGGAAUGGCUUUACAGACAUUCAUCAACAUCAGCGUAUCCGAGAUAAAUUGAUUCCCAAUAUCCGAACGGGUAGUAGCGUCGGUGUGAGCGCCUGUUCUGUACGGGAAGAUAUGACGACUCCUCCAGAUUACUUGACGGAAAGUGAUUUGAUUCAACUUAUGGAACAGCAUGGCAUCGGAACCGAUGCAUCCAUUCCUGCGCAUAUUCAGAAUAUUUUUAAACGGAAUUUCGUACAGUUGAAUGCUGAAAGGAAAAUUAUUCCCACCCCUAUGGGACUGGCACUGAUACAGGGCUAUCGGGCCCUUGAUGAAGAUUUGGUCAAGCCGCAAAUGCGAUCUACAAUUGAACGAGAUCUGUCAUUGAUUGCGCAGGGAUCUGUAAAAAAGGAGGAUGUUGUGAAGCACGUCAUCGAAAUAUAUCGGGCAAAAUAUCAGUAUUUGACAAGCAAUAUCAACGUACUGGAUGCGGAGAUCGCCCUGCUUCCAUUGAUUGAGGAGUUUUUAAGAAAGCCGCAGAGUACUGGCAGCAUGCCACCGUCCGGCUUCGUAGCGACGAAGAUACCGGAUCGACCGCGUCGAGAAUUUCCAGUGAUUAACAAACGGAAAAUGCCUCUUCAUGUAUCACCAAUUAAGAAACGGCGCCAUCAGAGUCCAGAAGAUGGCCGAAAUGCUAAUGAAGUCCCCGUUGGUAAUCCUCCGGUAUUACCAUCGGCUACGCCCGCUGAAGGGAGCCUCACACAGCGGCUAAUGGCUCUUGCGUCGGCAUCUAAGCCAAUUGCGCCCAUUCGAGCUGAUUUUCCUGAAAGACCUGAUCGAACAAUUCGCCCGGAAAUUUGUAGUCCAGUACAACCGCCGAAAACCUUGUCAGUAGACAAAAUAACGAAACCUGUGUUCGGAAAGGCAUCAUUCGGCCAGAACCGUUCGGAACCAGAUAGAACUGGCAUUUUGCCAUCACCUGCGUUACUCCGUUGCCCUUUGGACCAUAAAUUUGAUAAUAAAACAGCUGUGGUUACUCGCUGCUGUGAUAUGGAUGCUCCGACCGCUUUAGCUGCUUCCUUUGCUCCCCAUCCUCAACAGAAAACCCUUUCGCCGAUAGCAAUGAUUUCACCUCGUCGAAAUGUGCCUGCGGGAAACACUGUUGAGCCAACGCAGACCAUGACGCCGACAAUUCUCCCCAGUGCCCAAAGUCAUUCACGACAUAGCGUACCGCAGUUGCCCUUGAUACCUUCUAGGACGAUGGUAUCAGAGCCGACUCCGAACCGUGACACUAUAAAUCGUGACCAUGAGCAAACAACUAAUCCAUCCGCAAAUAUUAGGCUACCUCCAGCCGAAUUAAGCCAGAUAGAUGUUACAAGGUCAAAACUGGCAACCUCGGUUUCCAGCAAACCACCUCAGCUUUCUCAGGUGACACCAGUCGUUCAAUGCGGCUACUCAACGGAGACCAUCCCGAAAACGGUCAUUGAUUUCAUUGUUCCCUCCACUCCUGUUGAGCCUUUGCUUGGUAUUCCUGUGAGCAAUGCCGAACAAGCUCCCUCCGAGCCGCUGGUGAUUAUCAAACAAGAACCGCAGACUGAAUAUCCCGGUCAGACGUCAUCGGUCGCUUCGGUUCCAAGUCAGCCGCGCGAUUUUUCAUCAGAUUCGUGUAUUGCUGAGUACAGAAGUUAUGGCUUCGUGAGCCACCAGUCUAUUGCGAUCAAAACAGAGGUAAGCGAUCCGUAUUGGACCGCCUCAGUUAAGCAAGAGCCCUUGGAUAAUAGCUGGAGCGUUCCGAACAGCAGCAGUAGCGCUGGCUUUAUGAGGAAUUUUGUUUCGAAAGUUCGGUCAGAUAUUAUGGCCGAAUUCGCACGGCCCGUCGCAGCCGUCCAAGGACAAAGCCAUAAAGCCCAACUUCCUGUCGGCAGAGCGUUGUUCGCAGCAGUCUCGGCAAAUGUUGGUGGUGAUGUUCGGCAGUCUGAUCCAGAGUCUUCAUCAAUUUCAUGUUGUGUAGAACAGUCAUCUAGUUCACGCUGUUACCAGACAGUUGAGACGGACCACAUCAGCGAGUCAUUUCGGCAGACUACUCAGCACUCUGCACCGCCGUUAUUGAAAAACUUCAGCACUAAAGGAAAAACUCCAGUACAGGCAGUUUACGAGUAUUGCCAAAAAGUCAAAUUUAAUCCACCCACAUUUGAUUGUAUUGCCAUAGGAUCCAAAUCUCCUGAGUUUUCAUGCAAAUUGAACGUUAAUGGAUCAGAAUAUGGACCAUUAAGCGCUGCUAACAAAAAGGAUGCAAUGAAAAAUGUGGCAAGAUAUUUUUUGACAAAACUGGGUUUUGCUCUUGAUUAGAGUAUUCAGAGUAUGUUUUGCAUGGGUGAAUUUUAGUCAGUGAUUUUGUGACUGCAUGUACUACUGUUCUAACGUUUACUCGGGGUUGUCAUAUUAAUUUUCAGAUGUCUUAGCGUUAGGACAUAUUCUAAUAUGUAUCUGUUCAGCGCUACUGAGUGUAAACAAAAUCGAGUAAUAUGUACCGAUAGAUAUUUUGCGUCGAAUUCUUGUUGCAGCGUACGUUUUGAAAACACGGGCAGACAGGGAAUUCUGAUAAAAGUUUUCGCUUUGUCAUGUGCCAGUACUGGGUACACAGAAGGAAUGCCAAAACACAGAAGGACCGUAUACUCGUACCAAAAUAUCAUAAAAAGAGUGAAUUACAAAGAUUAUGAAUACUGUAGUUUUGUCUCUCCUUUCUCGGUAAUCAACGCCACAAGGCUACCAUUGUUCGGGCGAGU